GUAAGUCGACUUAUAGAUCCCUAGUCUGUUCUGACAGUAAAAAAACUAAUUUUAACAAAAAACAUACGAUAAAAAACAAAAAAUAUAUAGUUAAUUAUGUAAAUAUAGAAUAAUAAAAAAGUAUAACAUAAAGCAAGACAAAUGUGCAACCAUAACAAAACAAAUAAAGCAUAAAAGAAACCCCAGACCGCCACCACCAGUCCGAAAAAUCAUGCACACACAAAGUGAAUAAAAAAAGAAGGGACGAAAAAAUUUAUUUGCGACAAAAUUUUGCAAAUUGUUAAUGUUAAUGGCAAAAAAAGAAAUUAAAAAUGUAAAAAAGUGUAUGUGUGGAUAAUAGGGAUUGCAACGAAAAUGAAAAAGCCAAUGAAAAAAUUACUAAAUAAUGAUUUAAAUUUGUUUAAUUAAUAAGAAUAAAUAAGACGGUGCUCUGCCCCAAUACUACGCAACGACCAGCCACCACCCCACCCCCGUUGUUGUUACCUAUACCGUAGCCGCAGUUAUCAUUGUUGUCGUCGUCGUCGCCGUCUCGUAAUAAGGCAACACACAUAAAAAAGAAGUCAACAGAAAAGAAGCACCGACAGGCAGUGGCCAGAAAAGGUCUUGAAAACCAAAAAAAUACAAGGGGAAUAUUUUUCCCCCAUUAUUGUCCUUUAAUGGACAACAAAAGAAUAAAUUCCAUGCAUUAAAACAAAAAGGGGCAUCCUUUGAGCUUUCAUCACCUAUGACAUUACCACGACCACCACCAUAAUGAAUAGUGCCACAACGACACCAACCAAAACAAUGACACCCACUAAUCCCACACCCAUUAUGAUAUCGUCCUCGCAUACAUUGCAUCAAUCAGCAUCGACGCACUCAACACCGGUGCGUAGCCCACAUCCAAGUCCACACUCAGCAUCUGCAUCGUCUUUGCCAGCCAAUGACUUGGAUGUCAUACAGGAUAUGAUUGAUUGUUCGGCAAAUCGUUUGGAAGGUUUGCGUACACAGUGCUUGACCAGCACAUUGCUGACGCAAAGGGAGAUACGUAGCUUGGAGACAAAGUUGUUGCGUAUGUUUUCGGAACUGUUGCUGACUAAGGGAAGACUAAAUGAACGGCUGCCGGCCAGUGGUCUGCCGCAUACCUCGGGCAAUGAAUUGCGCCAAUGGCUGAGGGUGGUUGGCCUCAGUCAGGAAACGCUGAAUGUCUGCCUAACCAGGCUAUCUACUUUGGAACAAAUUCUAGAAUUAGACGAUGCGGAAUUAAAAGAACUAUUGCAACAUAAUCCAAGCCAUCGCGAGGAAGAAUUGCGAAGGCUAACCAAGGCCAUGCAGAAUUUAAGAAAAUGCAAAGAACUACUGGCGAAACCUGCGAGUGAUGUCCACCAGCAACAGGGAAUGGAAAAUCAAAAAAGCGACAAGGAAACCAAUGAGCAAUUGAUAGAGCAAUUGUUUUGGGACUCGUGGGAUCGUCAUCACCGCGGCAGUGUGGGUAAUAUCGGGAUUACUGCUUCGCCCCGUACACAUCGCAAUAUCAUGAAAGAAGCACAGCACAAACAACAACAACAGCAGAAACAACAACAGCAACAACAACAACAAAUACAAUCCAGUCGACAAUCUCUCACGAGUGAUUCGCAGGCUUAUAAGUCUUCAACAACAUCGGUCAACAAUUCGCUCACCGAACAGGAUAGUUCCACCCAAAGCAGUCAGAAUUCGGCGCUGACCCUAACGCUCACGCCAUCUCCUCCCAAUUCCCCGUUUUCCAUAUCGACCUCAGUAUUUGGUGGAGGCAGCUUAAAUGGGACACCGCAAAAAGUGAAAAUUGCCGGUACACCACCGCCCAUGAAAAAACACAUGACUUCAUUGAACAACACUCAACCGCUGACGCCUACCCAUGCAGCAACUUUACACAAUGCUGGUGGUGCCAACACAGGUUAUUACCAUCAACAGGAUCACAUACCUAUUCCUUUGUCCAAGUCCAAAUCAAAUGAGUCGCAGUUCAAGGAUUCUUCGCUUUCAAUUGUAUCCACCAUAAUCAGUUCGCCCACAAUGACCAACAAUUCGAUGAAACAUAAUGCCCCAGGUCAGGGACUGGGCGGAGGUUCGUCUACCAGAUCCAGACUUAAUACUGAUCCCAGUCCCGACAGUCACUCGUCUGCAAGUUCCGACAUUUUCGUUGAAUCUUCGAACAACAGCAGCAACAACAAUAGCCUGCAAGUUCCUCUGUCACCCUGCACUCCGAUAGUAAACAUUAGCAUGAGCCAUAACAUAGCCCAUCGUUUUACCAUGUUUGUUAAAAUGGCCACUUGUGAUUUGUGUCAGAAGCCCAUGUUCAUAGGUCGCAAAUGCAAAGAUUGUAAAUACCGUUGCCAUAAAGUUUGUGAGCCGGAUGUGCCACCUUCUUGUUGCUUACCACCAGAAUUCAUAGAUGAAUUCAAGAAUGCCAUCAAGGAUCCCGCUGGAUAUCAACUAACCCAUACACCUCCCAUUUAUAAUACGCAAUCGCCUAAUCAAAGCCAUGGUAGUUUAGGAAAAGCACGCAAAGGUUUGACCACCGGCCGACACCAGAAACUUGGCUCCAAUGCCAGCUCCGGCACUGGACCAGGUAGUACAGGUCAUGCCGAUAGCAGUUCACCUGGAUCCAGCUGCAAUAGCUCAAGUCCUUCGAGUCCUGCUCUUUUCAAUCAUCAAUAUAAUACAUCAUCGAAUGACAUGCAGGCCACAACUAUAAUGAGUUCUUCGGCCGGGGGCUCCAGCACCAGCUCUAAUAUGUUAUCUACUCCCUCAUCCCAUAAGAACGCAAGUCAAUUUAAUUUUCCCGAUGUGACCAUAACAUCUAACUGUAACAAUCCAGCUGUGGCUACGACGGAGACGAUUUUAUCCGCUCAAAAUGCUAACAACACCUCCUCGCCGAAUCAUGAGGUAUUGGCCGACAGCGGUGGUGGUGGUGGUGGUGGUGUUAGUCAUCAACGUUCGCGAAACAACAGCAAUGAAGCCUUGAUUUCUAGCCACAAUGCCAAUGCCUCCCAGCAAAUGUCAGCUGCUCUCAACAACAGCAACAACAUGGGUUCUAAUGUCUCAGCUUCACCAUCGAGCACGGCAACCCAUGGUAGCAACAUUUCGGCAUAUGCGGCCAAUAAUAUUGUUGCCACCGGACCGGCCACAUUCUUUCCACGCAAACUCAGCUCAGCCGGAGUAGAUAAACGAGGUAAUUUCACAGAACUAUCCGAUACACACAAGUCAAAUGAUAGCGACAAAACUGUAUCGCUAUCGGGCAGUACUUCCGCUUCAACCGAUUCAGAUCGAACACCCGUCCGUUUGGAUUCAACCGAAGAUGGGGAUUCAGGAAAUUGGCCUCGGCAAAAUUCAUUGUCGCACAAGGAGUGGGAUAUACCCUAUGACGAUUUGAAAAUGUUGGAGAUAAUUGGACAAGGUCGUUUUGGCACUGUACAUCGUGCCAUGUGGCAUGGUUCAGUGGCGGUAAAACUGCUCAAGGAGGACUAUUUGUAUGAUGAAAAGAUAAUGGAAGCCUUCAAGGCCGAAGUGGCAAACUUCAAAAAGACUCGUCAUGAGAAUCUGGUGCUUUUUAUGGGUGCUUGCAUGAGUCCUCCCUAUCUGGCCAUAGUGACAUCUCUCUGCAAGGGUAACACCCUGUACACGCAUAUACAUGCACGGCGUGAGAAGUUUGUCAUCAACAAGACCACUUUGAUAGCGCAGCAAAUUACCCAAGGCAUGGGCUAUUUGCAUGCCCGUGGCAUUAUACACAAGGAUUUGAGGACCAAGAAUAUAUUCUUGGAGAAUGGCAAAGUGAUCAUAACCGAUUUUGGCCUGUUUAGUUCUACAAAACUUCUAUACUGUGAUAAAGGUCUGGGUGUGCCUCUAGGUUGGCUGUGUUACUUGGCGCCCGAAUUGAUGCGUUGUCUAAUGCCCUGCAAGCCUACAGAUGAGAUACUUCCCUUCACCGCUGCCUCCGAUGUCUACUCGUUUGGCACGGUAUGGUAUGAGUUGCUGUGCGGCGAAUUUCCCUUCAAAUCGCAACCACCUGAAUCCAUUAUAUGGCAAGUAGGGCGAGGCAUGAAACAGACUCUGGCAAAUUUACAAACCUCAAGGGAUGUAAAGGACAUACUUAUGCUGUGUUGGCACUUCACCAUCGACGAUCGACCGGACUUUCCCAAGCUACUAACAUUAUUCGAACGACUACCUAAGAAACGCCUGGCCCGAUCACCGUCUCAUCCCGUACAGUUGUCACGCUCAGCAGAAGCUAUAUUUUAAGAGGCAGUGCACACCUAUAAAUAUAAAACAACCCUCAACAACCCCCCCCCCCCCCAAGUGAGAUUGAAUUGCUUCAGCAAGGCAAGCAAACAAGUAAACAAUUUAAUAAGCAACAACAAAAAUAUCCACAUAUAUGAGUAAUAAAUGUAAAUAUAUUUAUUUAAAGCAAGCAUAAUUAUAGAAGAGAAAACAAAAAAACCUACAAACAUAAAAACAAAUCAACACUAGAGAACAGAACAAGUUAAGUGAAAAACGAAACUUUCGAAGGAGUUUUUCCAGAAAAGGCAUUCCUCUUGCGACACCCUAGAAAUUGCAUGCUAACGAAACUAAAGAAACCGUACAUACUUCUCUCAUAAUUCUUUUAGCAAAAAAAAAAAAAGAAAAAACAAAAACAAAAACAAACAUAUGAAGAACAACAAUUAUGAAAAAAUGAAAACACUUUACGAAGACACUACACUGAUUGUAAAUAUAUCUCUCGAGUUAGAAACCUCAUUAAAAUACACACACAAACACAUACACCCACACAAAACUAAAUCACCACACAACACACACAAUCAUAUGAGUAAAAUUAUUCUCUAAUAUGCUUUAAGUAAAAAACCACAACAAACAAAAACCAACCCUUCGUCCCCCUCUCACUCCCCCCUCCCCACCACAACAAAUGUAAUAUUACUAUGAUUAUGAUUAUUAUUAUUAUAAUAUUUUAAGUUAAAAGACAAGACGCAAACAAAACAAAAACAAAAGAUGAUAAACAGUAACAGAACAACCUCUAAAGAAGUGAAAUUCUAUUUACAUUAAAAAUAAUGUAACAAAUACCGACAAAUAUACUAUAUAAUAAAAAAAAAGAAUAAAGUAAAGAUUAUGACAUUACUACACCAUUAAAGAAA